UGGCGGCGGCACCCUUGAUCGCCGAGCCUCGUGGCAGCCUCAGGGGAGCACUUGCGGCGCAGAAGCCUCCCAGGACUGUUCUUCUGGCGAGGCUGCUGUCACCGAAGCCAGCAGGGGCGCCUCUCCAUCCUCCUUCAGUUCCUCCUCGCGGGGCGCGUCUUCCGAGUCCACCACCCUCACCAGGUCCUCGGCGGGCAGGGCUUCCUCCAGACGGUCUCCGCUGCCGCGAUACCCGUCGGCAGAGAGCCUCACCUCCUUCGCUGAGUCGCUAGUCAAUCCAGGUGGUGCCACUUCGUCCUCGUCCUCUCUGGUGCCAGCCAAGAGCACGCCCUCGCUGCACCAGAAUGCCGCCCACGCUCACGCCUUCGCUAGCAGGAACUCAAGUGUGAACGCUGCACUGCACGCCUCCAGGUCAACGCCGAACCUUGACGAUGCCGAGGAUGGCAGCAGUAUGGUGACCAAGAAGUCCUCCAUGUACUCGUACCUUCACGGCACUUCCUCAUCCUCCAGUAAGGGCGGCAUGGGCGGCUCUGGAGUCGUGGGCGGCCGAUAUUGGGACGUGACAAUGGGCGCCGAUGACACUCCAGACCGUGAAGACUACGCUCACCACCUCCGGUCUUCCUCUUACCAGCUCCUGCACUCUCGCCAGCUGUCCGCCCUCAGCUCGGGCUCGGCGGGCUCCUACCACAGUCGGCAGCACUCCAACACAUCCAACUACAGCGAGUCCGAUGACCUGAGUCCUCGCGCUGACCUGGCUCCAGGACACAACCACCAUGCCCACCACCAUGGCAUGGACCGGGCUAGGUUCUUCUCCUACGACAACCUGGGCCCGGAGUCUGCGUCCCACAAGUACCACGGGUCAUGGAACAUGUCAGAGCCCGACCUGACCCUCGCCCCGCCACCUUACUCCCCGCCCGGGCCGGGCUUUCAGCACUCGUCACCCAUUUCACCCAUUCCGCCCACAUGUGCGGCAUUCCCCCACUUCAAACGCCCCUUUGUCCACAGGGCGGCACCCCUCGUCACCUCCGCCGCCUCCGGUGCGCGACGCCUCUAGUCUCAAGUACAUCAAGUACGGCCCCGGCCACGAGAAGUACCCGUCCUGGCCCGUGCCCGCCGCCGCUGCCAACCAAGUCAUGCCGCCGGGGCCCCCAGCGCAUGACGCCAACGUGUCUGGCCUGCCCGAGUCGUCCCUCUCCCCGGCGCCGCAGGGCUCCCAUCGCUCCAAGUCAUGGACGGAGCAGUCGGAAUACCCGAAGGAGAAGUCAGGAGGCUACGCGCGCCCGUAUAACAAGAAGCCUUUCAAUCCGUCCUUCCAGAGGCAGCUCAAAACUGUGAUGGAACGAACGGAGAAGCUCCCCAAGGAGGCGCUGCAUAACAACCUCCGGGAAGACAUGUUUUCCAGCUCAAAUUAUUCCUUCAUGGAUUCCUACUAUAAGCCUUCCAGUGCCUACUACCCGCUGUACGACCGUGACGGCCGGCCCUUAGAUGACAAGGAUUACAGCAUCCCGUCGCCUCCAGAGCGAGACCUCGGCCCCAUGGGCGAGGCCACGCUAGGCCAAGUCACAGCAGCGCAGUUCGAAGAGUACGCUCGCCGUUACGAAGAGUUCGGCUACGCCGACUUGAUAGGCACGACGCCGCUGUUGGACCAACUCCGCCGGGAGUCGGUGACAUGGGACGGCAGCUCUGAGCGGGACUCCGGCCGUGGAGAGAGCGAGAGUGUGGCAGACAGUGCCCGUUACAGUAAUGGCCGAGAGAGUGUCACCACAGUUGUCACGAACUCUUCGUCGGCGUCAUCGUCAGAAACACUCAAAUGGCAUGGCUCCCUCUCUGACAUUUCCAUCAUGUCGGGUCACUCCCGAGACCCUCGCGGCGACCACAACAUCGUUCACAGCUCGCGAGUCCAAGCCCCACAAAGGCAUAACAGCGAGUCGGUCCUAUACUACGGCGUCGACGGGAGGGGAAAGCCGCCUCACGGGAGACUCGGCCAUGAGUCCCGAGACCAUCGCGAUCUCCGAAGGUCCAUUAGAGACACAGAAUCCGGCUACCCUCGGCCCUCGCGCGAAGGGAAGUGGAGUCGAGAAGUAGAGAGAAACAAUGAGAUGAACAACCUGAAGAAAUUCCCAUCCUACUCGUACACACAGCCUUUGUCGCAGAUCACUGAGGCCCCCACGGCAGAGAUGCGAGAAACGCCUCGCUCGCCCACUCGCUCUCCUCAGAGCCCCACCAUAGACAUUAGUAAACCGCCGUCCGUGGCUGAGCGCAUUCACGAGUUGGAGCGCCAGUCAAGAAGUACUGCCCCGGAGGGGACGUCGUCACGCUGGCCUCGGGACCAGAGUGGCUCCAGGGAGAGAGGGGAUUCCAGAGAUCUCCGCGAGACCAAGAGGCCACGCGAAGAUUCCACAUCACAGGACACACGGGAAAGUUGUGAUGCGGUGGAACCUCGACCCUCGAAAGAGCCGAGAGAUCCCAGGGAACAUCGGGAUAACAGGGACCUUAGCAGAGAACACAGGGAGCCCAGCGAGACGAGGGGCCAUCAGCGACGUGGCUCUCGGGACUCGCAGCGAGGAGACAUGCGGCUUGAAUUCUCACGAACAGAACAGAAAUGUGAAAAUGGUGAUACCCUUCGUUCUCCCUCCACCUUGGGACCCUCGGCUUCACGGUCACCUACACAGAAGGACGCCGACGGAAGACCCUUUGGCCAUGAAAACUUCCAGAAUCUUCUCAAUACCUUCACAGAGGUUGAUCGUAGUGACCGUGGAGAUCGCGUAAUAGAACGGCCUGAGAGAACGAGCAGCAACGUUUCGUACUCGUACCUGGACCCAGAGAAGAAGCUCAAGGUGUCGGACGCCACACUCAAGAGCAUACAGAAACAGGCGGUCAUGUCGUUCUAUGAGAGACACGCCGGGAAAAGCUCAGGCGGUGCGUCUCUCAGUGAUCUCAGUUCUGCGAGCAGUCAGUCAAGCCUGGUGUCCUCUCCGACGGCGUCCGAGGGAUCACAGGGCAAGUGGAGUGGCGGUUCACAUGCUUCAAUGAUCCAGACCGUGAGGACAGACCGGUCUGGGCGCGCUGGCAAGGGACUGGCUCGCUUAGGUCGGGUUCCAGAGGGCGAGAGUGAUGAGCACACGCUAAAACCACCUCGGCGGCGGUCCAUGAGUGGCCGCGACUCCGGGAGCGAAGGUGGUGCUGACGACCUCUCCAAGGCUGGCUCCUCUCAGAGGUCAUCCUUAGCGUCUGAAACCGCUUCAUCCUCUCGGAGCGAACAGCCUCCAGCGCUUCCACAAAAGCAGUCCCAACAAGUUCAUCAGGAGACUGUAACUCGGACCUCGGUGACGUCAUCACAAUCGUCCGUCUCCGCCAAUGAGGACGCCAGACAUUCAGAGGAGGCGGAGCCUACUAAAGAUGACGACAGCUCGAGCCGUGCUCCGCCCAGCAGGGGUCUCCUCGAGGGGAUCCUUCCCGCGUCAGACCUUGCCCCCUUCCCGCCCCUCCAGAGCGAGAAGAAGCCCACGCUGCGCUCGCUGUUCCACGGGCCCAACGCCGACUCCGCCCACGCACACAAUGGCCCAUCGGCCGCCCACGGCAGUGCGGCGCCCUCCGCCCACCCCAACGCCCACGCUGAAAAAAGCAGUAAUGACUCGGAGAUGCGGCGGAUAGAAGAGUCGGCCAAUGAGCUGCGGAAUCUCUCGCCCGCACGCCCAUACUACUACCGUAAGCCCCCGGCUCCCGACCCGCCUAAAUCUCCGGAAGCAAGUCACAGACGGCGAGGUAGUGCUCAACGAUGACCCCCUGCCGCCCCCGCCCACGCCCUCGGAGGUGGCAUCUCCUCCCACUGAGGCGCCGCCCGUGCCUCCUGAUUCCCCCCCGCGAGAACGCCUCACUGGCACGCCCCCUCCAGUGCCCCGGGACGCCUCCAAGAACAUCAUCACGCCGCAGACCUACCACAAGGACUCGUACAUGGCCCACCGGCGGGACUGGAAGACCGGCUUCGAGGGUCGCUACAGGAGGACCAUCUCCCCCUCCGCCGCCAACCGCAAUCUUCUCUACUCCCGCGAUGACAACACCAACAACAACCACAAUAACAACAAAAACAACAACGACAAUACCAACAACAAUAUCAACUCGCCUCCGUCUUCCACCUCGACGACGUCCGGCAGCGCAGCGACCAGGACCAGCCCUACGCCGCCCCAGGAGCAGGAGCGGAGGAGCUCGACCACGCCCCCGUCGGGAGUCCUGCGCCCCGUCGGCUCGUCCUCCAGUCUUGUCCAGAACAACAACUCCAAGAAUGUGAUUGACAACGACAACAACGUCAAUAACAAUGGUUGGGCAGGCCACGCGCGGUCUACAUCAACGACCGUCAGUUUCACAGCAGAGGAACUGCGGGCGUUCAAGGCUCGACGCGCCCACGCCCACACGCAGGAGGCUUCUCACAGUUCCGACAACAAGGAGAAUGCGCCUCGCCCGCUGCACCCAUCUCAGUCGUCGCCCUCGCUCUCCUCCUCGACGGCUCUGCGCUCUCUCGCCAGCGAGGGCUCCACGACCUCCCUGGCCAGCGGCGGCGCCGGCUCGUCCUUCACCUCGGGUCGCAGUGGCUCCCCAGCCUCGCCCGCGAAGCUCAGUCCAGCGCAUUCGUGGCGGACGUCGCUGGACUCCCUGCACCGCCCUCCCCUCUCGUCCCCCUCGCCCCCCGCCACUGCCACGACCUCCAGCGACGCGACCUCUAGCUCCCCGCGACCCAUAACCCGCGCCACCAGCCUCGCGGAUCCACUCAACAAGGAGGAGGCGGCAGCGGCAGCCAUGUCCGGAAGCGUGUCCCAAGAGGCGCUGCACCUUCCCUCGACCUCAAGCGUCAGCGAGUCAUUGAACCGCAUCGCCGCCAUAAGUGAUUCCCUUAGUCGAUCUACCAGUGUAACCGAGUCCUUGUGCCGCUCCACGAGCCUCACGGAGACGCCCACGUCCACGCACUCCCGCGCCAGCAGCGUCAGUGAGGUUCCCACGUACCUGUCUAGUCCUCCCGCCGCCCCCGCCAACAGCACGCCCGCGGCCCCAUCCUCACCCACGUCCCCGGUGCCUCACGAUGGCCCCGUCACCGCCCACCCGGCCACCGUGACGGAGGAGCCCUCGCCCAGGCCCUUGCUCAGCACCCCCAAGGCGCCGUCCUCGCCCAAGUCUCCGCUCUCCACCAAGUCUCUCUCGUCCAAAUCCUCGCUCUCGCCCACGCCCUUAUCUCCCACGUCGCCUCUCUCGCCCACCACCUCCAAGGCUCCCUCGUUCCCUUCCUCCUCAGCCUCCACAACGGCGUCUUCCACACUUACCACCACCAUCUCCUCCGCAACUACCACCACCGUCUCCUCCUCCACCACUUCCUCCACUGUCACGAACAGCACCCCCUCGUUCCCAGUGACGUCGCCCUCCAUGUCUCCUACGUCCUCGUCAGCAGACAAGUCCAACAUUGUGGUCUUGGGCUACGGGCGAACGCGGUACCAGGAAGAAAUCGACUGUGAUCAGCUGUCCAAGGACUACGCCCCUCACCUGCUCCUCGACACGAAGCUCCGGGCCUUGCUUGCACCUGGUCCAGAGCACAAGACUGCAGCAUACUACAUGCAGGGUGUGUUCACGCUGGAGUUGAGGAAGGACCUUAUCAACAGCACCCACGCCCAUCACCCGGACCUUAGCAGCCUCCACACGCCCAAGAACAUGGCGCCCAACAACACACACAGCCACACCACCCCCGCCUCCCCGCCCGCAACCAACGGCGACGCCACAACCUGCCUAAACACAACGAGUGACAAGUCUCCACUGCCAGCUGACUCCGCCUACUUCACCACGUCAGAGAGCAAGGCCAAGCUCCUGACGCGGCUUCGGGGGAGCGGAAACAACCUCCAGGACACCAUCACGCCAGUCACCGACCAUCAGCAACUCCUGAAGAGGAAGGAGGAGCUGGUGGCGAGCAUCGGCCGGAAGCUGGAGAUCCUGCGGGCCGAGCAGGAGGCCAUCAAGGAGGAGAUGCGCCUGAACCAGGAGCUGGGCGCCGAGGUCACGCAGGAGGUGGAGGCCCGGGCCAGUCUGGCCGAGGCGGAAAAGUACAAGCUCCACGUGGAGGAGAUCGACAAAAUUACUUCGCUCCUUCUGGGCCUCUCCGGUCGCCUGGCGCGCGCUGAGAAUGCCCUCCUGAUGCUCGUCAAGGAAGCUGACCCUGAGGAAAAGCGUAUUCUUGAGGGUAAGCGUGACAAGCUGCGCGACCAGCUGGAGGAGGCGAAGAGGCUCAAGGAAAACACAGACAGAAGAGCUAUACAGGUCGCAAAGGUGCUAAAUCAGUACUUGAGUGAGGACGAGUAUGCAGAUUACGACCACUUCAUCAAGAUGAAGGCCAAGCUCAUCAUGGACGCCAGGGAGAUCGACGACAAAAUCAAGCUCGGGGAGGAGCAACAGCAAGCUCUGCUGGAAACCAUGUGUUCCAAAAAUCCGUGAAGGUCUGGUGCUUCAUGUGGUGGAAGUGUUCCUGUGGUGUGAACUUCACUAAACUCUGCAGCUGUGAUCUGAAAUUCCAAACAUUAGUAGUCGCGUUGAUAGUGAGGAAUGCAUCACUGUCAGUGUCGAAACCGUGAACAGUUAUGGAAAAUACAUUUUGUUAGGAAUUUACAAGAGGCUGUAAAAAGAUACCAGGAUAUAAGAUAGCAAGCUAACAAGAGACAGUAUUUGACAGCACAUGUUCUUCUGUUAAGAAGGUCGCUUCUGGACAAAUCACUUGUUGUUAGAGCUUGUCUUUCUCCUGCAUGUGCUUACUGUUGCCGAAGAUUUACAGUUUACAUAUGGACAUGUGUAAAUGCAAAACAUAUAAGAUGCAGUUUGAGUACCUUUGAGUUCUAUGUAUUAAUGUGAACAUGAGGAGUAGAUGUCCUGAAAUUAGCAUAUUACAUUGUUUCCUCGAUUUUUUCGGUAUACAGACAGGUGCUGUUUAAUGACAACGAGGAAUGAUUCUUUAUGCUGGCAUUUUCUGAACUGUGUCAUUGUUUAUGAUAUUGUGAUCUAUUUCCCAAUAUUUAUUUAUGUGCGAAAGUUUCAAGUGAUAAGUAUUGGAUAAAGCACAUAAACUGUACAUUGUAGCCAGAGUUUUAUUUGAGGAUACUAGUGCGAGCAGCAGCACUGUUAUUGCUGCAGAUGUAACUUAAACAUUUAGUGGGCACUUAUAUGAAGUCUGCAAGGAAUGGGCAUACAUACUAUGUAAUGUUAGGUUAUUUAAUAUCACAAUUUAUUGUCCUGAGGCUUUCUUUAGGUUUAUAUAUUGACAGUGCAAUGAAUGUCAUGGCAAUACCUACUCAAAUGCACAUUUGAGUUUGUAGUAUACUUGUGUUGAUGAAUAAAAGCAAAACAAAACACGCCUCGCCUUUCAUCUUCACGAUUGAAGGUAGAGUUUGUGUCAUUGCAACAGAUAUCAAUCCCUGGACUGAGUGAGGAGCAAUAGAAACAACAGCAAUGGAGAACGCCUCGUGCCAUUUGGAGGAAAAUACAUCAUUCUUCUCUCUGACGUAUCAUACUUUAUCCAUAGGAUGAAUUCCCAUCUCGGGUCUCAGUUUGAACUUUGCUAUGUUAUGACUUUCUGUAAUCUCUUUUAUAUACAGUUGAUUAUCCUGUGAUGCUUGUCUGCUUGGUGUGUUUGGGUUAUUUUUCAGUUUUAUGAAUAAUUAUUAACAAAGAAGAGCUUCGCCCACGUGUACACAUGCAGCUGUGCAGAGCUCGUCUCUUGAUCCUGUCUGCAGUCCUGUCUAACAUUCUCUCGCUUCAACUACAUGAUAAGAAGCCAAAUGGUUUUGAAGGUUGGGCAGCACAACCCGUUAAGGAAUACUUCAUUAGUCCAUAGUCUUUUUUUAUGUUAACUUUCAGUGACAAAGUGCCCACACUGGCAGCUGGACAAUACUGAAGUAGCAGGCCCACUAAAUGAUGGAGUCUUGACGUGCAAGGAAGAUAUGACGUCUUCUUUGUGGGAGUUAUUAGUGCCACAUUGUAUAUAGUAGUUUGUUAAUGGAUGCCAAAAGACCGUCCUGUUCCUUGAUAUCUGUGUCUACUAACUUCGUCUAAAGAAUUUAUUGGUUUUAUACUUUAAGACUAGUUGCAAAGCGACAGUUGUGUUGUACAGUAGCGCUUGUUUAUAAGGUACGCCAAAUUCUAUGAUUCUUCUGCCUGGAAGAAAUAAAAUGAGAAUUAAG